CGAGAGAGGAGGGCAUGUACAGUAACAGAGGGCCGUAUGUGGGGCUUGGAGAUGCCUUCCAGGCCACGCCCACCUGCAGAAGCUAUAGAUGUUGCCGUUUCAGUGGUCCCCCUCUUCACAGCGAGGACGUCCAACAGCUGAACAAGUCCUAAGUCCGACUGACCAACUGCAGGGAGAGGCACUUAGUGAAGUUGUCCAGCACCUGGUUGCUCCUCAUCCUUUAAAUCUGCGCCCCAUCUUCAUCUCCAGGCUAAUCCCAGAGGCUGCAUCCUCGCCUUCAUCCUCGUCUCCUGCAAGCUGAAGCUUUGAGAGGUCAUGCCGGGCAUCGCUCCCCUCCUCCGAGUCCUCCUGCUGCUGCUCGAGGGCACGACUCUCCUCAGCGGCAUCCCUGCACAGAGGAUCAGAGUGCGUCGACAGAACAUGAAGGUUCGAAUCAACGCCACUGGUGACACCAUUGUGAUGAAGUUUGUGCGUCCAAGUCCAGAUGUGAAGUUAGAGGGUUAUAUUCUGGGUUACGGCAGCAGCAUGUUCUCCAAACAGUUCAUCCAGCUGCCUGAAAACGGACAGCCCUACGAGACUGAGAUGGAUGCAGAACCAAAGUACCUGGUGGCCGUCCAACCAAUCCCAGCUAACGAUGUGAAGAAACACUGCACAGGUAAAGUGAACCUGGAGAAGCCGCUUCACCUGGUGAUUGGUUCUAUUAGCCCAACCGCUGUGCUACUGUCCUGGGGAAACUAUCUGAAGACACCCUAUGAAGGGAACAUCAUGAACGAAUGUCUGGAAGACGGAUUCUACACUAUCCGCUACAGAGAGAGAAACAGGAAUUGGAUCUACCAGACAUGCCCAACAAGCGACACAGUCAUUGAUAACCUGAAACCCAACACGCCUUAUGAGUUUGGCAUCCGCUCCAACAAGGAUGACCGCAGUGGCACAUGGAGCAAACCGGUCAUCCACAACACCAGCAUGGGCAAUAAAAAUAGACAGAAAUCAUACAAGCCACGUAACAGUCCUCCAGUCAAGCUGGGGACGCCCCUCUUUGCUCCUCGUUAUGCCCUCCACAACGGAACGGGCCCUCGAACACCUACUUUGUUCAAAAACCCAGGGUUCCCUGGAGCUCCACGCACGUCCUUUGCACCUCCCGAGAGCCAGCAGGAAACUAUCCCUGUGCCUGGCUCUUCUGAGCCCAAAUUUCCUCACGUGUCCCCGGAAAAAGGAAACACAAUUAGAAACAACAACACCCAACCAGCGGAUAUUCCCACUCCUGCCCUCCCCAAACUUCUGUCCACCAAAGCCCCCCAUGCCAACAUCACAGCCGUCCUUCUUACUAAGUUAGCCUCCAGAGGUGACUCCAGUCAUGUGCAAACCACUAAGGCACCCACUAGUGCACCUGAGAAGCCUCGUAACCCCACUGCUGUUGGCAAAUCACAGGACGGCUCAUCACUGCUGAGAUCAGCACUGGCCAAUGAGCGGGCCAAAACUAACACAUGGGGUCAAGGAAACAAAAGAAAUCUCACUCCAUCGCUGCCCCUGCAGCCCUACAACCCAGCAGCUACCACAGUUACCGGAUCCAUGAGGCCUGCAUCGAGAAACCCUCUCUUUCCCUUCUCUAAUGGCUUCAGACAGCCCCACUCCCCCUCCUCUAGAUCGAGUAACUCAUCCCCAACUUCAGGGAAACUUGGGGUAAAUGGACAACCACACCGGGGCAUUUCCCCACCUAAACCGGCCAUAUGGUCCCGACCUCGAUUGGUGAACAACUCAUUGCUGGAGGAAAAGAAGUCUGAACUCCCUGAAGUGUUUGGUCGUUCGGGUCCCACGACAGAAGAGUGGGUUUAUGGAUCUCCUGCUCGUCCAGCAAUACAGAUCAACAAGAAGCCAAAUUUGGUUGGAAAACCUGGAGAAACGGACAAAGUUAACAACUUCAAACAGAAUGAUAAACUGCCUGUCCUGAAACCCAAAGUACCAGCAGUGACCACCAAGCCGAUCAAACAAGAACGGAAACAGACCACAACUGCAACACCAACUACUACUGCACCUCGACAGGAGUCAUGGGAGGAGUCAGAUCUUUUUAAAUCACAGCCAUCCUCUGAGAUUGACGCCAUGGGCAAAAAACGUUACGUAGCACCUCAUGUCAUCUACAAAACUGGAAAGAAACCAGAUGAGCCUUGCUCUAUUACCUCUUCCCUCAACUACUUUCCCGAAGAUGAACCCAGUGAGACAAAUGUGACAUCACCACCAAAGACUCCACCCUCCAACCUCACUGUGGUGACAGUGGAGGGAUGCCCAUCUUUCAUCAUCUUGGACUGGGAGAAGACUGACAAUGAAACCACUGAGUACGAAGUCAUCUCCACUGCUAAAGGCCCAGAUGGAGAACAGGUUUCCAUCCUGACUACAAACCAGACUCACACUGCCGUAGAGAACCUCAAACCUGAGAGCAGUUACGAGUUCAAGGUGAAGCCAAGGAAUGAGCUGGGCUCAGGUCCUCCCAGUGAGCCAGUUACCUUCAACACAGAGUCAGCGGACCCCAGAGUGAGUGAGAACGUUUCAGGAAAAGAUGCUAUCUGGACUCAGUUCCCCUUCAAGACAGACUCAUACUCUGACUGCCAUGGCAAACAGUAUGUGAAGAGGACCUGGUACCGCAAGUUUGUUGGUGUACAGCUUUGCAACUCACUUAGGUACAAGAUCUACCUGAGUGAAACACUCAACGGUAAAUUCUACAAUAUUGGAGAUCAGACUGGCUUUAGUGAGGAUCACUGUCAGUUCGUUGACUCAUUCCUGGAUGGGCGAACGGGCAGACAGCUCAGAGCUGACCAGCUCCCAUCCAGACAAGGUUUCUUCAGAGCAUUGCGUCAAGAACCUGUCCACUUUGGAGAAAUAGGAGGACAUUCUCAUGUCAACUACGUCUCAUGGUAUGAGUGUGGAACACCCAUUCCUGGCAAAUGGUAGACGAACAGUCAUCCUCACAGAGGCCUAUGAUGGGAUUUGUUGCCAAAGCUUGGAUGGCUAAGCCGUGCCUCUGAAUUCUCUCAACCAUGUUACUCAGUGCUGUAAAAAUGUACAGGAUAUACUUGUCAGGGACUUUGUAAGGAGAGAGCAUUCAUCAUAAAUGAUAUAGCAACCAUGCCUCAUUUUUAAUAUUUAUCUAGCAGCAAGGCUAAAGUGAUGUUAGAACAUGAAGAUUCAUAGAGGUAUCGUUUCUCUGACUCAUGCUAGAUAUAUUUUAUUUUGUGUUGAAAUAAUGGGAAGCUGGCUCCCUGGAUUACUAUUUUCAUAACUUGUGAGAUGUUAUUUAUCAAAAAGUCUUUGAUUGCAUUGCUUCACGAGGGCCACAGAUGGGAAUUCACAGGAGGUUUUUUUUUUUUUUUUUUUUUUUUUUUUAGAAAUGCCAUAAAAAGUAAUUCAAGUGAGAGGUUUUAAAAGAUACCAUCCUGCUUCACAUUCAUCCAUCGGCAACUGGCAGUCACCCAUAUCACCAGUCUUUAACCAAUGCUUCACUAGUUAGUGUAGCGAAUAUAGACAGCAUCAUGAGUGAUAAAUUUACUGGAUAUCAGCAAUAAGAAACCUAUUUUAAACAUUAAAAGUAAAUAAUGUAUUUGAUAAUAUAAAUACCAAAUAAUGUACUUUCUGCUCUGAAAGGUGCCCCAAAAAUACAGUACGGUGAUAUUUUUCGGGAACUAAGUUAGCAUUGUAGGUAACUAAUCCAGCUUUGUGAAUCUGCUGUUCUGUAAUUAAUUUUCAUUAUUAAUUAAUUAAUCUGCCAGUUAUUUUUGAUUAGCCAAAUUAGUCAUCAAAAAUAAAAAAGUAAAAAAUAGCCCAUCCAAUUUCUGAAACACAUAUUUAGCUUACUGUCAUGUAAUUCUUAUAUUUAAGAAGCUGCAAAUGUUUUACUUGAAAAUAGACAAACAAUUAAUUGAUCAUCCAUUAACUGAUCUAUUAAUGGAGAAAGAGCUGCGGCUUUUUAUCAUUGUCCUUUAAAGAAAAUAUCAAGCUGGCCUGAGUUUUGGUGCUUUAAACUACAUUUUUAGGUGAAAUGCCUAAAAUUCAUGCUUUACAUGUCAAUACGUUGGAUGUGUUGACUGAACGCUGAGCUUCGGUGAGAGGCUUCUACACUUGCAUUUUGCACAGCAGAAAUGUAUUUAUAUGUAUAUGGAGAGAAUGUAUUUUUUUUUUCAGUACAUUUUUGCAGAUGCAUUUCUCUCACCAUGACCAAAAAAACAAAAGGAAAAAGAAAACCAAAUGGUACUAUAAUAUGCUCUUCUUUGUCCUUCCUCGUGCUAGAGCAUGGUGGGAAACUAAUAUUGCUGCCUGAUUGCAAGUCAAAAGCAGAAUUAUUUACAUUUUAAUAACCAAAUUACAUUUAAAGAUUUUAUUUCUAGUUAGGUAGGGUUAAAAUAUUCAAAUGGGAAAUUAACUUGUUAACUGGUCUUAUAGAUGGAAACUAAUUGCCAUCUGAUGCCUGGUUAAUCACAUAAAACAUUUCCCUAAAUACAGUCUCUUUCUGUAUUUUACCAAAUUAACUCAUUGGAGCCAUAGUUCCCCCAGUGGUUUUUCAAGCUCAACAACAGACCCAGUCAUGCAGGCCUAGCAACCCAUCACAUGGCAACCACCAGUUACUAGGGAAAAAUAUUGGAGAUUGGUUGCUGGAUGUCACUGGCUGAACCUGGUAACAAAGUAGGUGCUGCUCCAAAAGCCUACAGGACCUAUAGAUUAGCAUGGAAGAUACCAACAUGCUUGCAAACACUCUUAAAAUAUUUUCCCUAGCAAGCAGUCUAUAGGUCUGUGAGACGAAAGCCUAAAGUAGGGGCAGCGAUAGCUAGAUCAGGAAUGCUAUGAGUAUCUGUUUCCUUGAGUAGCUAGACAACCAGCCUGUAUGCAGUCUUCAAAGGAAACCUCAGACACCAGUUUUAUUUACUUACACUAUUUGUCACAAUCAAAUAGCUGCGGGAACAAUGAGCCAUCUGGCUCAGAACUCAGACAUUUCAGUCUUUAAAGGGUUUGUAUAUAUCUUCUUAUGGAAAUUAUGCAUGAAAAUGAAUCCUGUUGUAUUGUUUGUGAUAUUUUUAGCAACACAUAAGAAAGGCAUUAAUAACUAAAAUUGAAAGAUACCAUUUUUAACAAUUUUUAACGAAUGUAAAGUUUCAUCAAAACAAAUUUAAUGACCCAAUGAACAACAAAAAUGUCUGAGACAAAAUCUGAUCACAAUAACAACAUUAGUAAGAAAACAGUAAUAGAUAACUAUAAUGUGGCUGAAAUGUUCUAAUGAUGUUCUGAUGGCUAGCAAAUCCAGAAAUAUCUGCAUUAAACAUGCUGUUUACUUAACCAACAUCCGGAGAUGGCAACUAAGUUAGAAAAAGUAAUGGAGUGCCAUGAUCUGCCCUUCUACGUGUCUUCAAAUGGGCAUUUCUUUAAGGGCACCUAGUCUGCAUUGUCUUACCUGUCAUAUGAAUAUAACAUUAAGAUGCUGAAUGUUAAUAUUCGAGUCACUAGGUUUCAAAGAAUGAGGUUCAAGUAAUCAUUCUAAGCCAAAAGCUCAGCUUUCAAACUACUCUGAGUAGUCAGUACAACCAAUACCAGACAGUAUAACUCUGUCAACAGGCUUCCAAAUGUUGGCCAAUCAGAAGAAAGAAGGGGGAAUGGAGUUGUUAGAAAUGCUUAACAACUCAUUUAAUGAACUGAGGGGUUCAUUAAAAGGAGUGCUUUAUGAAGGGCAAAUAUAAGUAUCAAUUUUUAUUUGAACUGUGAAUCAUGCAAAGCUACUCUAGUAGAGCCAAGAAAAGAAGCAGAGUGCUGAAAAUUAGCAGACUAGGUACCCGUUCAAUUAGUUGCAGUGUGUGUUGUAAUAUAAAUUUUCUCCCUGGCAGGAAACAGAUUACAUGACUGUGGUAUCUGAGAGGUGCAGUAAUGAAAGUCGCAGAUUAGGGCUAUUAAAAAGCGCUAUACAAAUGCAGGCCAUUUGCAGGCCAUUAACUAAAUUGCUAAUCUAUCUUUAUAAUACUUAAGGCUGCCGUUAACUUCCUGUCCUUCCACCAGCCUCAAACUUACCUACUGUCACACUAAUAAUAUAUGGUGGAGUGAUGGAGGCAGAGACAGUAGAGAGCAGUGAUAUAAUACAGCAUUAGCGGGGUGUUUUCUGAUUCUUCCACAUAGUGUUGCACAGUCCUGCUUAGAUGCUGUUUCCUGACAAUAAAGCAGUGUACUUUGCCUUUACCUUCCAGCUGCAAUCCUGACCGCCUUCAUUUAUAAAGUCCAUUAUUAUAAAGCAGGGAUCAUUUAAAACAGAGGAGUGCUUUGUAAGGAAAAAUAAGAAUGUAUUGCUGUUGAUGUUUUUCUACAUACAUUUGUUUCUAUAUUGAUUUUUAACAAUAAAGAAGUUUUGAGUCCU